AUGGCCAAGAUUUUACUCCUCGUCUCGCUCUUUCUGACAUUUGCGUUCUCGGUUGUGGGGUUGUCGGUUGUGAUCAAUGCUCUAGUGAAGUCCAACCAAGAAGACUCGUACAUUAGGAGCGUGGCCCCUAAUGGCACCAUCGUGGAUAUUAACUAUCAUGACAUCUACUCGGUUUGCGCUGUCAUGGCGGCAGCCUGCGCACUUUUGACAGUCCUCUCCCUCGUCUCAGCUUUCUCCCAAAUUUCAUCAAUCGGGAGAAAACAGCGCCUUGUGCGCCUCCAAGUUUUUCUCAUAUUGUUUGGCGCCCUGUGGCUUUUGGCUACUGUCAUCGCGUGUGAUGUUCUCUUCGCCACUCGAUCAACCAAAAUCACAGCAACUCUGAAUGGUGUUGCACUAUCUCAAAGUGUCAUUCAGCAGUUCGAGCAAAGUAUCGGUGUCUCACCUGAAUAUAGUAAGCAGAGCUACCUGCGACUAUGUGCGAUCCUUCCAUGGUUCGCAGUUCUUUUCGCAACACUCAGCGGACUGUUACUCCACAAGGCUGCUAGGAACAUCGAUGGCUAUAGGAACGCGGAGGCAACGGAGUCGGAGAAGAUUGCACGAGCCUCUAAUGAGUAAUAGGCUUGAAACAUGGGAUGAUCAUUCGUAUAAAAUUUGGAAUCCACUGCAUAUCUUGUGUUGAAUUAUAGUUACUGUAGUAUAUAUACCAGCUGGUGCUUAAUGACGGCACGCGAAUACGACUUAUGAAUCUACUGCUGAUCCA